AUGCAAUUGGGUGAUAAAAAACUCAUUGUACAACGAGCAAGUGUAGGAGCAAAGCACACUACAGGUGUUCUUCCCCAAACUUUGCUAUCGUUACCAGGGUUGGAAGAUGGUACUGUCCAGAACACGACCGGUUCAGGUAAUAUAACAAUUCGUAGUGGUGGGCCGCCUACCGAAGUACUAUGUUUGAUGAAUAUGAUUGAAACUUCGGAACUAGAAGAUGAUGAAGAGUACGAAGAUAUAGUUGAAGAUGUUCGUGCAGAAUGUAGUAAAUAUGGUGUUGUUCGCAGUCUAGAAAUCCCUCGACCGAUCCCCGGGGUUGAAGUUCCAGGAGUUGGAAAAAUAUAUGUUGAAUUCGCAAGUCUGAUCGACUGUCAAAAAGCUGCCACUGCUCUAACAGGAAGAAAAUUCAACCAAAGACUUGUGGUGACGUCUUUCUUCAGUCCUGAUAAUUACCAUCGCAGGGAGUUUUGA